AUGAACACCGACAACAAGCUGGAUGCGGUUCAAACGGCUGGACCUGAUAUUGAAGAUCAAUUUGCGAAGAAGACGUCCAGCCAGGCAGAAAAUAACAUAGACUGUCCUUCAUUGAGCCAAAUAUUGUCAAAAUUGAGUCCAGGGCCGUCAAUUCUACCAAUUCAAACAACUUCAUCGGCCCCAGUUGACGAGCAAGCGGCUCUUUUGCGGCGCUUAGAAGAUACACUUGCAGAGGCUACAGGCGGUGCUGAGAGCUUCGAGGAAGCGCAGACCAUUCUAAUUGAACUCUGGAAGUGCGGAUCGCGUUAUCUGGCGCGAGCUGCCGAUGAUCUGGCAAACGGCAGUAGAAAUUCAUCCUGGAGACUCCCAUACGGGCGAGCUGGCAUCUUGAAUUUCUUCCUUCAGAUCAUCGCUUCGAGGGAAUUUGAUGACAAUGAUGUACUCCUUCAUGCUUUACGGUUGGUCGGCAAUUCCUGUGCUGACACUGAUGAAAACAGAGCCCUUGUUGUCAAGGAUAACUACACAGCUGCUAUUCUCAACCGUCUUAGCUCAGAACUUGUGCAUGUCGUGAUUCCUGUCAUUUACAACCUCUGCAUCGAUUAUGAGCCUGCCCAACGUCAACUGGCUGCAAACAAUCUUGUAUAUAUCCUUUUGAGACUAAUCAAGGAUGGCGUGCUCGAAGACAACGAGGCGCUUCUUGACUUCUCCUAUGAACUCAUAGAGCUACUCGCAGAGCAUGAACAAGGCAUUCGGGAAUCUCCAGGUGGGACAAUUCUACUUCUCUUGGAUCUUGUGUCUGAGGAGGGAGUUGCUCUCUCUCGAUUUGUCUGCCUUGCUAAUUGUCUUAUGACCUAUCUGGACAAGGAACGAUUCCAGGAUAUCUGUGUUGGUCAACGUAUGGUUGACCGAGUGUUGUCUGUGCUCAAACAGUCAUUGUAUACCAAAGUUGACCCUUUGUCAAGUGGUGAUGCCCAAGCAUUGGCGCAGCUCCAGCUGAAGAUCAACCAAACACUGUCAGAAAUCUCUGCAUCACCCAAAUUCUCCCAGGUAUAUCCCCUUGAGUCUCCUCUUGCCCAGACCUUGAAAGAUUGGCUGGCUUCGACAGAAGACCAACUUCAAAUAUGUUCAUGUGUUAUGCUGGGCAACUUGGCGCGAUCGGACGCGGUGUGCGAAGUGAUGGUGCGGAAGAUGAGCAUACACACUACGUUGAUAUCGAUUUUGAGAUCUGAUGCUAGAGGCGCGGUUCUCCAUUCCGCACUUGGAAUCCUGAAGAACUUGGCUAUAGCUGGCGAUAACAGACAAUGCCUGGGCGAUGCCGGGAUUAUUCCUGCAGUCUCACGCCUAUGGGGAUAUGAGACGGUUCCUCAAGUCCAAUUUGCUGCAACAAGCAUUGUUCGACAAAUCAUCAUCUCGUCAAUCGCAAACAUUUCGCGUCUGCUGGACUUUGCUCCUACUGCCGAGGACUCCUCGACCUCACGACAGACAUAUCUUUCAUCGUUACUUUCUCUGUGUGAGAAAACGGACUCCACACCAAUCAAAACAGAGGUUGGACGGAUCGUAGCUUCAAUCUGCCGCACAAUCGUUCCAAAGUCUUGCGAACCGGACAGUGAGGCCAAUACACUCCUUGAGCGUCUGUUCACCAUGCACGAGGGCGUUGGGCUUCCAAUUGGUGCUAUGAUUGCUCAAUCGCAAUGGCCUGUGGUUAGGAGCGAGGGAUGGUUUGCCUUAGCUUUGAUGGCUUCCAGCAAACAUGGCAGUGCCGCCGUUAUUGACUGUCUGCACAAGCUUGAUUUAUACCCGUUACUGGAGGAGACCAUGAGCAUGUCGGUUUCUGAAUCGGCGGAUGAAGCGGACAAAUUGAAAUCAGCCAAGGAUUGCGAUAAUAUUGUAGUUCUUAUUCAAGAGCUAUUGAAAAAUGAUUCUGGUGCACUCCCGGCUUCCCAGAGAGCCACAUUGGAGAGGCUCAUGCAUAGCCAUGUCUCACAGCAUCUGCAAAGGACAAGGCUGAAUUGA